CAAACACUCACGCACAGUUCACCGUCUGACCUACACAUCACAGAUAAGAGAUGUCAGGACCCCGGCCUGUAGUUCUGAGCGGCCCGUCAGGAGCCGGAAAAAGCACCCUGUUAAAGAGACUGAUGAAGGAAUAUGAAGGCGUUUUUGGAUUCAGCGUCUCUCACACCACCAGAAAUCCUCGACCAGGUGAAGAAAAUGGGAAAGGGCUGAAUUGUCUCCCAAUGCUUCUGGGGGCUACAUUACUUCCUGUAGCAGACAUCCUAUCCUCUGACACAUCUGAAGAUUAUCACUUUGUAACCAGAGAGAAGAUGCGAGAGGGAAUUGACAAUAGCGACUUCAUUGAGAAUGCUGAGUUUUCUGGAAACAUGUAUGGAACCAGUAAAUCAUCUAUAGAGGAUGUUCAGGCACAAAACCUCAUCUGCAUCCUGGAUGUUGACAUACAAGGUGUGAAUAACAUCAAGAAGACGGAUCUAAAUCCAAUCUAUAUCUCCAUCCAGCCACCUUCAAUGGAGAUCUUGGAAAAGCGUCUACGGGAAAGACAAACAGAGACAGAGGAAAGUUUACAAAAGCGUUUGGAGGCAGCGAGAAUUGAUAUGGAACUGAGUAAAGAAACUGGGGUUUUCGACAUUGUUAUCAUUAAUGAUGACUUGGAAGGGGCCUAUGAGAAACUCAAAAGUGUUCUUAUUGAGGAAAUUGAAAAGGUGCAAGAUUCCAAGAAAUAGGAAAGAAGAAAUUACAGUGUUUUACGUGUACGUGACAUGAAGCCUUUCAUUCCAGCCUUACUGUCAUCACAGUUGGUUCUCAUGUCAGACAUUAAAACGUUAUUCAAUUAAAUGUUAAAAGGCAGGUGCAAAGAACUUGAUUAAUAUUUUCUCUGAGAAGAAAAUAUGCAUAUACAUGUUGAAAACACCUCGAGUUUGCACCUUGAAGAAUGAAUGGAAACCUGUAUUGUAACCCAAAACGAGUUAAGCAAACUAUCAGUAUUGAUAAUAGUUUAUCACCGUGCAGUCACUUUUUCGAACUGUCUAUAAAUCUCAAGAAGCACGAGCGUUUGUAACUUAAGACAGAUUUCCAGAUCUAUUUCAGUAGAUGGUUGUGAAUGAAUUUCUCAAUGUAAAAUGUUGUUUUUGGUUCAGUGCAAAUAAAA